UUCUCUCUGCAGCUUCAGAGCGGUGUGUGACUCAGAGUUUAUCCGACAGAAGAAGCUUCUCUCCGGACAGAAGUCUCAGUUCUUCCCGUGUUUUUCACUCUAAUCCCGGGAUAACAAUCAUGUCUCUGCCGCGGCAGCUCCGGGACGAGAGUGACUUCGAUCAGCUUCCUCACAACAUCCCCAUCAGCGCCACCAUCGCCGACAUCGAGGAGAAGAAAGGCUUCAUCGACUACUUCCUGUUUGUGAUCGAAGUGAGGACUAAAGGCGGGGGGAAGUAUCUGAUCUAUCGGAGGUACAGAGAUUAUUUCAACCUGCACCAGAUCCUGGAAUCCAGAUAUUCCCCUGAAGACCCCGAGAGACCCGGACCCAACACCUGCACGAUGCCUUCACUGCCCGGUAAAGUCUUCCUGGGCAACAAGAGGGAGAUAGCAGAGAGCAGGAUCCCUGAACUCAACACGUACAUGAAGAGGCUGCUGGGCCUCCCAACAUGGCUGCUAUUGGACGAGGCUCUCCGGAUGUUUUUCUAUCAGACGGAGCAGGACGGGCAGCAUCAGCCCAGAGCUCUGAGGAGACUCCGCCCCCCCACCCGAAAAGUGAAGACGGUGAAGCCGAAGAUGGACGUUUUCUCCUCCCCCCGUGCAGAGGUGUGUGCAGUAACAGUUUAACAGUUUGUAGUUGUUGUUGCUCUGGUUACCAUCUCCAUGCCACCUACAGAGAAACAACUUUUAUAUUCAUGCAACCAACGCAGCAUGCAC